GCGCAUGCGCUGUAUCGGAUCCUUGCUUUUCAACCUCGCAGCUGGACGUUGCUCUUCCUCCUCUUCCUCCUCCUCUUCUUCUGCUUGGUAGCUAGCUAGCACGUAUUCUGCGAUCGUUGGCGGCAGAGGCACGUCUCCGCGAACAGAUGUCUCCGGAACCAGCGUGGAGUGAAUCGAUCGUCAAAAGACUUGUAACCUCCAUGCUCGCGUGAAGGGAAAUUACAGUACAUGAACAGUCCCUCUUGACUGCCAUGAUGCUUGGACUCCAGGGAAAUUCAUCACCGUCCAAAAUUUACCAUUGCGUGGCAUGUUCGGCUUCCUUCAGUGGUCUGGCCUCUUUGCUCGUGCACCAAGCAACCCAUGCCAACACGCUCCCUAAGGUCAACACUCCCACUACAACACAGCCUGACAUGAGCCCGCACGACACUCUGACGGCCAGCCAAAACUCUUCCAGUGAGGCGCACAGUCCACCAGUAUCUCUCUAUAUCUGUGAUUGUGGCAAGGAAUUUCAUGACUUCAGUCUUAUGCUUGAACAUAAGCAAUUGCAUGUCUCUCAAGCACAGCGACCCCAGACGCCAGACGGGACAGUCCUCCCAGGUGCAUUAGAGGCUGAUAAUGGUCUUACUGAGAAUGUAACACCAAGCCCAAAGAUAGAUUUUGUCCCGAGCACUCAGUCUACUUCUGAGUCCUCACUUGUUCAAAGAGAACCUGUUUCAAGCUGUCUAUCUACUAUAGGGUCCUCUCUUGUUCAAGAAGAAUUUGUCCCGAGCUGUUCGUCUACUUCAGGGUCCUCUCUUGUUCAACAAGAAUUUGUCCCGAGCUGUCCAUCUACUUUAGGUUCCUCUCUUGUUCAAGAAGAGCAUACAGCAAAUGAAAGACUGGAAGAAAGAGAUGCAGUUCCAGGAACUCCUCCACAGGAAUAUCAAACAGCGCCAAAAAUUGGUGAACAAUGUGACCAAACAUUGGCAACAAGUGACCCAAUCAAUACGAAAGUCGAAAAUCCUCCACUAGAAUAUCAAACAGCGCCAGAAAUUGGUGAACAAUAUUACCAAACAUUGGCAACAAGUGACUCAAUCAAUGCGAAAGUUGAAAAUCCUCUACAGGAAUAUCAAACAGCGCCAGCAAUUGGUGAACAAUGUGACCAAACAUUGGCAAAAAGUGACACCAUCAAUGCGAAAGUCGAAAAUCCUCUACAGGAAUAUCAAACAGCGCCAGAAAUUGGUGAACAAUGUGACCAAACAUUGGCAACAAGUGACCCAAUCAAUGCGAAAGUCGAAAAUGUCGAAGAAGAGAAGAGCCAGGACAUGCAGAAGCCUGUUGUCAGUGGUGACGAGGGGAAUUUGGCCUCAAAAGACAAAGUAAUGAAAUUACUAGCAUCUGCAUACAUGAAGUGCAACUCAGUGUCUCCAUGUCCAAAUGAGAAUAAUGAGUUUAUAACCCUCAAACAAGAAGCCAUCCCAGUUGAUAUUACUGAUAUCACACCAGUCCAAAUACCUGGACCCCAACCUGAACCUAUCAAUGAUCUCUCUGUGGCAAAAAUGAGGCGAUUGCUCGCAGAGCCAGGCAUCAAGACCAAAGCGCCAACUAUUAGCAAAAUUAUCGAUUGCAGCAGGAAGAAGAUAGUCUCUCUGACAAAAGUGCUCUCACCCGUUGUGGUUCUAGAAACCCGUCAGAAGCUCAGAGAUUCUAGCAACAAUGGCCUCUUUGGGAAAUAUCAAUGCGGCCGCUGUCGUCGCACAUUUCCAAACUCAGACCGACUAACCGAGCAUCACUUCUUGCACAAAAAGGAGAGGAUUAAAUGUUGUCGUCGCUGCAAACAACUCAUCAUUGGGAAGCUGCCUUUCACUGACAAUCAUGUAUGCACUCCAUCUGGGAAAAAGUCUGAUCAGUUGUCCAGCACGUUGCCACUAGCUCCAAAAAUAAUGCCAUUCCAUGGCUUAAACAAUACAAAAAAAUCCUUCUAUUGUCCGGUGUGCAAGCACAACUAUGCCCGCAGGUACAACCUGAAGAAGCAUAAGUGUCAGGGUCCGAAAACAGCCCCAAUCCAGGUAUCUAACUGCACCACUGAUAGAAUGCUAGCCUUAAGAUCAAGCAGUAAAGCAGUACCACUGAGGGACGAUCGCUUUCAACUUUCCAGAAACAUGUGUGUUAGCACUGAUGUACCCGGUCCGAUUAAAGUAGAGGUGACGUCUACCACUUCUGAACAGUCGUAUAUUUCUGAUAUGGCCUGGUCUGGUUUUGCCAAAAGCUUCCCACCGUUUAUGCCCACGCAUUCAAUGAGGGAUCAGCAUAGUGUCAUGGAAAACAGUCAUUUGGAUGCAGCGUCAGUUCAUAAUGACAGCAGCAAUGAAGGCCAGUGGACAAUGCCUUUGGAUGAUGAAGCCGAACUCCUUAGUCCCUCAAUGAACGCUUUUAACGACCUUAAUCCGGGGGAGUCUGAGUCUGAUGCGAUGGCUAAUCAGAGUUAUAUUGUCAGUGAUGGUGUCCAACGUUACCCGUGUCACAGAUGUCAAAAAACUUACAGUCGGCUUUCUACCCUGGAAAGGCAUUUACUCCUCUGCGGGUCGAGGCCUCAGGGUCCUGGGACUGUAUCACCGAGUAGUGGUGGUGGUCAGUGGAUGGCUUCACAAAACAGUGGCACCAAGCCAAUGUAUCCUUGUUUUGUCUGCGGAAGAACCUUCAACCGAAAAGACAAUAUGAUGGCACACAGGCGAAAAUGUCAGUUGCAACAGCACACAAACCAACAGCUGGUACAGCCCAUUUUGUCAGGUGGUGCUAAAGACAGCUCGGAUAAUGAUGCAAACAACUGGGGCAUCAUGUCCCUCCCCUCUGUGCUGCCAAGGAGAGUGACCUGCGAGUGUGGGGUCGGAUUUACAUCUCCAAGAUUGCUUCUGGAGCAUCUACAAAAGCAUGCACAGGAAUCCUACACUUGUCCAACUUGUGGCGAGACUGUCAAUUCCUGGUCCGACUAUGAAGUUCACCUGCAGAUCCACAUGCAUCCUCACCACCAACUGCUGAAGGGGAUACAUACACAGCGGUCACAGCCCCUUGUAUUACGGAUCCAACAACAGCCCCCUCAACAACAGCCCCCAACUCCUCCUGUGCAUCAGCCCCCAACUCCUCUUGUGCAUCAGCCCCCACAAAAACAACCAGUUCCUGUGCGGGCGAGUGUGGGGAAAAAGCAACGGUCCGUAUGCGCGCGAUGCGGGAAUUCAUUUGCCUCCAGAUGUUCCCUUCGAAGGCACUUGGCAUGGAACCGAUGCAAAGGCAGCCGGCCUCAAACUGUGCCCAAAACCUAUCGAUGCUCCCGCUGCAGCUCUGAAUUCCCCAACAUGGUCAGUCUUCUAUUUCACCAGAGGAGCGGCGCCUGCAAACCUGCCAUCAAGCCUGUGCGUUGCCCCGUUUGCCUCCGCUGGUUUGGAACAGUCGACACUCUGCAAAGGCACCUCCUGACUCACAAACAGUCAGAAUCACACCGCUGUGAUAUUUGUAACGGAACAUACCCAAGUCUGAAAUCACUGAAAAACCAUCGCAGGAGGAUCCAUCGCAUCAUGGCUACAAACGUUACGCACCAGUCGCAAGAAUUAUUGACUUAAUUAAAUUUUUUGCUACUAAUUUGUAACAUGGAUGUGGUGUAUUUCAGAAAAUACCACUUUUUGCAUUGUACUUGUAUCAAAUGUAAAUAGAUUAACAUUGACGGUGAUGUUUGUGUUGGGUUUUUUUUAGAAUGAAAUGGAGAAACAUGUUAGGCUUUAUAGCAGAUUUCUGUCGUAAAAUGAAAUGUUCCAUGUGUGUACAACCAUUUUGUCAAGUACUGUACGGUAUUUCAGGUUAAAGGUUGUAAAUAAUUAGAGAUCAAAUUUUAUCCAAUAGUUGUAAUGUAGCUAGCUUGUUCUGGGUGUUAUUAAAUAUACCAAUUGAUUAAA